AUGGCUGCCAGCUUUGGCGCGACCUCAUUGGGUGAGGUACAUCACGAGGGACUAGACGAGAUUCUGCAUGACCUGGGCAAUGUCUAUCCUGUCAACACCGAACAUGAAUCACAACGACUCGGUGUCCCGGUGCUUGACGCAUUGCUUGAGGUCUUUAUGCUGAGGGCGAUUCCAACUGAUCCACAACAUCAGCAAAUGCGGACUCCUGCCCAGUUAUCAUUCCUACGGGAGCAAAACCGAGCGUAUGAUGAGGAAAUGCUUUUCGACGAGGAUGAGCUACCCGUCCUCCCGGCUGAUCAGCCUAAUGCGUUCUUCUCGGACUCGGCCCAUAGGACCAAACGGCCUGAUCCCGUUGUGGAAAUCUCAAGCAGUGUUUCCGCUGCUGGUAAAUCCCAGCUACUGUAUUAUCUGGCCGCGCGGGCAAUCUUGCCUCCGAAAUAUGGCAAUGUUCCACUUGGAGGACAGCACGCGGCUGUGGUGUGGAUUGAUACAGAUGAUCGGUUUGACGCCAAUAGGCUGCGAACUAUAUCUCGAGGCAUUAUCAAGCAAGCUGGAAUAUCCUUUGACUUGGAGGUGCAAGACGUGGAUAGGGGCAUCGAUGAUGAAGAAGAUCUUAAUGCCAUUGUAGCCUCUGCGUUAAAGCACGUUCAUGUAUUUCGCCCACAGUCGUCUUAUUCUCUUCUUGCCACGUUGUCCACAUUGCAUACAUACCUCUACGAUCUAUCACGACACUAUUCUGCCUCACGUCCUUUGAAGAUGCUUGCCAUUGACAGUGCGACAGCUUUUUUCUGGCAAGACCGAUUCCGAGACGAAGUUUCUCGAACGGAGGAAAUCGGCCUUUCAAAAGCGGAUAUCGACAAAGGUCGCGAGCAGAAGGACAGUUUUUAUCUUUCUGAUCUUUACACGGAGCUGGUUCAGGAGUUGAAGCAACUUCAGGGUAGGUUCGGUUGUACAGUCGUCUUUACCACGACGGUCCCUGGUGCCCGCCAAUCUACUUAUACCAGUGGUCAGUCUGGUCCCUUUGGCUCUUAUGAUAGACCUAAUCGACCCUCACUUCGCCCUGCUCUCCCGGCGCCGUGGGGAAUUUUCCCUGUUCUUCGUCUCAUUGUUCACCGGGACGUGGUUCGCCCAUUCCCACCUACUAUGAGUGCGAGCGAAGCUAGGAAUGACGCAUCUAUGCGACAGGAAAUGGUAUGCAAGGGCAAGUUCUCUGCUUGGGUCAAUUCAUGGGGACGGGAGGAUUGGCCCCGUAGCGUGGUGGACAGCAUUGAUGCACUCAAUAGUGGGAGUUUCGCAUUCUACAUACGCGAAACUGGAGUUGAGAUACCCUUAUUCGGCAGAUAA